CAAUGUCUUUUUAGUUGCUUUUGUUCAAACACACUGCAUUUUCCAAUUAUGUCUCCUUAGUCCUUUCAUUCAAGAAUAGCCUCCCCCAACCCUUUCUUUCCCAAAGACACUAACUUUUUUUAAGAUACCAUGCCAGCUGUCUUGUCUCACACUCUAGAUUUGUCUGAUUGCUUCCUGUGGUUUAAUUUGUUCUGCUCUGAGUCUGGCCCUGGUAUUACUUGGAAACUGAAAAACUAAGUCUGGAGGUUGGGCUGGGUUCAGGUUAACCUUUGGCAGGACUGCUUCACAGACGGUGCCUACAGAAGCCAAGUCACACUGGAACUGUGUGCUAGGAUAUCACGUCGUCCCGUUGUCAGGAUGCUGAGUUUGACCUUUGGUUAUCAGGUGACAACCAGAGUGUUUUUUUCCCAUUUCAAUUUAGAAGUCAUCUUAGGGUCACCCUUUGGCACCGUUUGUAUACCUUAUUUCCUCACCAGCCUUUUACCUGAUAAUUUUUGUAUCCAUCCUUCUCUGAAUCAGAGAUUUGAUUGGCAGUGGCAAAAUGGUGGUUUUCAAAUUAUUUUUACUUCUCCAUUUAUUAGAUGGCAUUCUCUUCUGAAGAAGAGCUUUUCUUCAUCAGCUGGAGAUAUUUCUAGUUUUUCCUAAAAAGGAUGGCUGCUGUUUUUCUAAGGUCAAUAAUAUUACAAACCAUAAAGACUGAAAAUAACUGUCUUAGAAGAUGUUUGGGUAAAUACAUCAUGCAAAAGAUGGCACUAGCACAAUUGCCCCUUACUGCUGUCCCAAGACUGUCCUACCUAAUCCAUGCAAAAGCUUUUAGUACUGUUGAAGACUCCCAGCAUGAAAGAAAAAAGAGAAAAAAUAAUGAAACUGAUUUUAGUAACAUUGGAAGAAAAAUUAGUGAGCGAAUCAUUCAUGUAUUUGAUGAGAAGGGCAAUGAUUUGGGGAACAUGCACCGAGCAGACGUGAUUCGACUUAUGGACGAGCGAAAUCUGCGACUUGUGAAAAGGAAGCCCAGCACAGACCCUCCCGAGUACCAGCUCAUGACAGGCACACAGAUUCACCAAGAGCGGCUGAGACUGAGAGAGAGGGAAAAGGCCAGACCUAAGACUGGACCUACUCUGACAAAGGAACUAAUUUUUUCUUCAAAUAUUGGACAACAUGAUUUGGACACAAAGAGUAAACAGAUUCAGCAGUGGAUUGAGAAAAAGUAUAAAGUUCAAGUUACUAUAAAGAAAGCAAAGAAUGCAGAAGAGCCAGAAAAUAAAAUGGUAAGUAAAAACAGUAGUAACUGUUUUUUGUUUGCUGAUCUAAAUAUAAAAAAGCAAAGUAACAGUAAUUCUAUUAGUGAUAAUAGCUUUCCAAUUUGUUUUUCAAGAUGCAAGCAUACUGUAUAUACAUUACGUUUUCCAUUGUAGCAUAUUUUGCCAUGUGAAAACAUUCUACAUCAUAAUUUAAAGACUAUACUACCCUAUUUUACGAAUUGUAGAAUAUCUAACAUUUAACUAGGAAAACUAGAAACUUUUCAUUUUUUAAAGUUUGUUUCCUCUUUAUAAAUGCCUACACGAAGCAUCAUAUUUAAAGGCAAAUUGUCUUCAAGAAAGUGUGUAUCUGUUUACAAUCCCAGGAUAAGUUCAUGGCAUAUCUAUUUUGCUUUCUUUUUUAGUUAAUCCUCACCCAAGGAUAU